AUGCUCCCUCCCGUUUCCUUUUCUUCAAACAACCUGGCCUCUAUCAAUUCACCACUGAUUAACCCACCUUCAAUUUCUCACCAAUUAUCACAUCCCGCUUCAUCUCGCCCUCACAACUCACCGUUAUCCGCCUUUCUCCGCAAAUCAGAACACUUUCCAUCGCCCAUCUCGGUACUUCCUCCGUCUAGAUUUUGCGACACAGCAUCAGCAAGAAAUCUACACUUCUGCUCAACACACAAUUUUCUUUCAAUCUUCCUCAAAUCAAUUUCCGUUUUCGACGUUGUUUGGCUAUGGUUCAAAUCCGUGCAAAAUUUGCUUCUAGUAGUCCCUUGUUGUUCAUUCCCCACUGGAAAGGUGUACUCUCACGAAUUUUUCCAAUUCUUGAGAAUGUUCGUGACAUGCACCGGCCAAAUUUUGCAAAUGCAUUCAAGUGUUGUUGUCAAGCUGCCUGGAAAUAUAGUACAAAUUUUCCUUCACAUUUACCGCAAGAUGGUGAUGUCAUUACAGGUCAUUUCUAAAUUCUUCUUCUGA